AUGAACCAAACCGGUACACUAAACCGGACAGACACCAUCAAGUGGCCUACCAUCAUCAUCUGCUUCAUCUUGGUCAUAACAGGUCAAUCCAUUGCAAAACUCCUCGAGAACUACUACUACCUCCACACAACCAACAAACGUCGAGCCACAUGGUUUCAAUCUCUCCUUCAAGUCAUCGGGUUCCCCUUCCUCCACACUCCUCUCUACUUCCUCCUUUAUCCCGACCCUAGGAAACCGAACCAACUUCCUCCUUCUUCCGACCGAACCUCUCUCAGACAACUUGCGAUAGCUUACCUUAUUCUCGCCGUCUUCAUGUUCUACCAAGCAACGUUCUCCAACAUUAGACACGGUAUACCCUUUAGAGUUUUCACUCUCAUCUACACAACACAACUCUUAUUCACUCCGGUUUUCUCCGCCGACUUCGAGAAAAUAAUAUCCAAUCGAUGGAUGAUGAUCUCCCUCUUUUUUGCCAUCAUCACCGGCUCUUUCACCCUCUACACUUCCGCCGAAUCAUUGGCACUAGCCGCCGCUUUUUUCUUCUCCAUAAUCCUCUGCUAUAUGAGGAGCAUAUUCGAUUCCAUUCGCAACGUCUCCACCAACAAGAAACAACCCAUGAGUUUCGACGCCGUCGAUGUGUGCGUUGUGGUGUUUACUUGGUGA